AGGCAGAUAAGAAAUGAGUGGCCGCUAUAAUUUCGUCAUCAAUACGAUGCUAACCUCCAACGACCACUUGGGGUCCAUCUUCUUCAUCAAUAUUCAUUGACUUCCAACUCAUUGUCUCAUAGUCUGAAUUAUUAGAUGCUUAAAAGACAUUGUACCAAGUUCUUCAACUUUUACUGUUUAUACAGUAUUCCCAUCUCCAUUUCUUUCAGCUUUUUAGGCCCUGAAUUCCAUUUUGCUUGAUCGUUUCUCUCUUUAGCUUCUUUCACAUAAUUCCCCAUGUCUGCCAUUGGGGAGGCUGCCCUUUCAGGGUUUUUGGAGCUGUUGUGGGGCAGGUUGCUCGACUCUGCACUCAACUUUGUUGCUGAUCACAAGCAACUCCGCCAGCAGCUGAGCCAGUGGAAGUCCAUAUUGCCAGAUAUCCAGGCAGUGCUGGAUGAUGCUGAGGAGAAGCAGAUCAAGAACAGGGGUGUGAAGAAUUGGUUGGAGGAUCUCCAAGACUUGGCUUACGAUGUGGAUGACAUCUUGGAUGACUUCGCUUAUGAAGAGUUAUCUCUCAAGCUCCAAAAAACUCAAGCUCAAGCCAGCACUAGUAAGAUACAGAAACUCAUUCCUACCUGUUUUACUGGUACUAGUUUCAAUCCCAAGGCGACUUCUUUUCUGUUCAAGAAUACCAUGAUUCCCAAGGUGAAGGACAUCACUGAUAGACUGAAUAGUUUGGCUACUCGAAGAAGUAAUUUGGGGUUGAGUGAGAUCCUGUCUCAAGCUGCAACCUCCAAGGGAAAGCAAACCGGGCUGCAACCAACUUCCGUAAUGGAUGAAGCCGUGGAGUAUGUAGGUAGAAACAAGGAGAAGCAAGAAAUGAUUGAGUUGCUCAAAGGUAAUAACUCUGACGGAGUUUCAGUCCUUUCCAUUGUCGGCAUGGGAGGGAUGGGUAAAACAACUCUUGCUCAACUUGUUUACAAUGAUACCACCAUCAACGAGUUUUUUGAUCACAAAGCCUGGGUAUGCGUUUCUGAUGACUUUGAUGCAAUUAAAAUAACAAAGGAAAUUUUACAGUCCAUCACUUCUGAGCCAUGUGCUUACAGUGACUUAAAUUUACUUCAAGUUAAGCUGAAGGAGAAGUUGUUCCGGAAAAAGUUCUUGCUUGUUCUAGAUGACAUUUGGAACGAUAGUUACAAUGAUUGGACCAUCUUACGGUCUCCGUUUGGAGUAGGGACCAGGAUCAUUGUAACCACUCGGCUUCAAAAUGUUUCAUCCAAUGUGAAUCCAGUGAAAGCCUUUUUCUUGGAUAAAUUACCGCAUGAUGAUUGCUUAUCCAUAUUAACACAACAUGCUCUAAAUGCAAUAAAUUUCAAUGGACAUCUCCAACUUAAAGAAGUUGGGGAGAAAAUAGUGAUAAGGUGCAAUGGCUUACCUUUGGCCGCAAAAGCCAUCGGAAGCUUACUACGCACGGCUAAAGAUCAUGGAGAAUGGGAAAGAAUAUAUGAGAGCGAGAUAUGGGACUUACCAGAAGAUCGGUGUGGCAUAAUUCCAGCUUUGCGAUUAAGCUACCAUCACCUUCCAUCGCGUUUGAAACGAUGCUUUGCAUAUUGCUCUUUACUUCCUAAAGAUUAUGAAUUUGAGGAAGAAGAAAUGAUCUUGCUAUGGAGAGCAGAGGGUUUCUUGCUACAAGAAGUUAAACUUCGAACUAAAGAUCUUGGAAAUCAAUAUUUUCAAGAUCUAGUGUCGAGGUCAUUUUUUCAGAUAUCUAAUAAAGAUAAAUCCCGAUUUGUAAUGCAUGACCUUAUCAAUGAUUUAGCUCAACUAGUUGCAGGAGAGAUAUGCUCCAAAUUGGAAGGUGACAAGAAACAGAAGUUCUCAAUUCGCACUCGACAUUCUUCUUAUGUUGCCAGCGAGUAUGAGACAGUGAAAAAGUUUGAAGUAUUUGAUAAAGCGAAUUCUUUACGCACUUUUCUACCUUUUGUGUUUCCAAGUUAUUAUCAGGAGUUUUAUAUAACUAAUGUUAUGCUGGUUGAUUUGUUGCCAAGACUUGGCUACUUAAGAGUGCUGUCGUUGUGUGGGUAUCACAUCACUGAAUUGCCUGAUGUUUUAGAAAAAUUAAAGCAGCUUCGCUACUUAAAUUUUUCUUACACCAAAAUCAAAUGUCUACCUGAUUCUUUGUGUACUCUUUACCAUUUGGAAACUUUAUUGUUAAAAAGUUGUUACAAGCUUCAAAAGCUACCCUCGAAGAUGGAAAAUGUUGUCAACCUGCAAUAUCUUGAUAUCAGCGGUGCUAGCUUAAUAGAAAGGAUGCCUGUUGGAAUUGGUUCGCUAAUUAAUCUUCAAAGGUUAUCCGAUUUCAUUAUAGAGGAAGGUGAUGGACAUCAUAUCAGAGAAUUAAAAUAUUUGCUAAGCCUCGGAGGUAGUUUUCGUCUUUCUGGAUUGGAGAACGUUAAUGGUGAAGAUGCAGUGGAUGCCAAGUUAAAUGAGAAACAAGGGAUUGAUCGCUUGGUAUUGCAAUGGGGUACAGACUUUAAGAAAGAUACAAGGAACAAUGAAAUUGAAGAAUGGGUGUUAAACUCUCUUUGUCCUUCGAAAAAGCUUGAGCAUCUUGUAAUUCAGAAUUAUGGUGGUGCAAAAUUCUGUACUUGGAUAACAGAUUCUUCCUUCAAGAAUAUGUUGUCAUUGGAGCUUCGCAACUGUAAAAAUUGCAAAUCAGUACCAUCAAUUGGAAGGUUGCCAUUCUUGAAAGAUCUUUUAAUUGGUGGUUUGGAUGAGGUAAACAAUAUUGGAGUUGAGUUGUUCGGAGAAAAUCAAUCGAAUGCAUUUCCAUCAUUAGAGACUCUGUGUUUUGAGGGUAUGCCAAACCUGGAGGAGUGGGACCCAUGUGAAGGUGAUGAGCAAGCUUCGAAAUUCCCCAACCUUCAUAAGCUUUCAAUCAGAGAAUGUCCUCAAUUGUUGGGAAGGUUGCCAACCAUUCUUCAAUCCUUGCAGAAACUUGAAAUCCGUAAGUGCAGGAGAUUGAUUGUUUCGAUUUCAAAUUUUCCUUUGCUGCUUGAAUUAAGAGUUGAAGGGUGUGGAGAAUUGGUUGAUGAAGGCUCUUCUACAGAGGAGGUUGCCUCUUUAAAAAGUGUGUCUCUUUCAGACAUUUCAAUGUUUAAUAUUUCAACAGAGCGGAUGAUGUUGAGAUUUGCAAACUCAGAAGACUUUAACAUCUUUGGUUGGAAGAAGUUGGAAUCUUUAUCACAAAAUGGGUUAGGAUUAGUAGGGCAUCGUUUCAUUGAAAUUUAUGAUUGUCCCCAACUGGUCUGUCUGGAAACAGAGGAUGAGAGAUUGCAACUUGACAAGAUACCGGAUGUUGAAUCUCUGAGAAUAAGAAAAUGUAGAAGGCUCAAGAGACUACCAAAAGUCUUGCAUUCUUUCACAUAUCUUACAAGAAUGAGACUUGAGAGGUGUUCAAACUUUGUUUCUUUUGGAGAGAGUAACUUCCCCCCUGCUUUAAAAAAGCUAGAGAUUUGGGGGUGCAUGAAUUUGCAAUAUUUAGUUGAUAAAAAAGAAAAUAAUAAGAGUAUGAGCAGUGACACUUGUCUUCUUGAGCACUUAGACAUACUAUUCUGCCCAUCUCUAAUAUGGUUAUCAUCAAGGGGUGAUAUAUGCAAUCGGCUUCAACAUCUGGAAGUUAGCAGUUGUUCAAAGCUAGGUAGCUUAUUUUUGAAUGCCAAGUUACCCGUAAUGCUUAAACAUCUACAUAUUUGGAAGUGUCCAAUGUUGGAAUGCAUAGCCCAAGACUUCCAUGAAACUACUUAUCUCGAAAGCAUUUUUAUCUGGGGUGGUCAAAAUAUUAAAUCAUUACCCCAAGGAUUAGACAAGCUCACCCAUCUUGAGAAGAUUCAACUUGAUGGUUUUUCAAGUCUGGUUUCAUUUGAAGAAAGUGGGUUGCCCACCACAAAUCUCAAAGCUUUCUUGAUUUCCAAUUGUGAAAAUUUUGUAGCACUUCCCGACUGCAUCAACAAUUUCCCCUUCCUUCAGAAAUUAAAGGUUUGUGAGUGUUCGGCUGCCAUACCUUUUCCAGAAAAGGGUUUCCCUACUAACCUCACAUCACUUGAAAUCUCAAACGCACCCAAAAUUUAUACAUCACUUGUUGAAUGGGGAUUAAACAGACUCUCCUCUCUUCAACAACUCACCAUCAGCGGUGCUGGAUGCUCAAAUGUGGUGUCAUUUCCAGAAGAAGGGAUAGGAAAGGCGCUGCCUCCUUCUCUCACCUUUAUCUGCAUCCGCGAGUUUGAGAAUCUGGAAUUCACGUGCUCCAAGGGAUUUCACCACCUCACCUCUCUUCAAGAAUUACAGUUCAGUAAUUGUCCUAAGCUCGCAUCUCUUCCGGAAAAAGAUAAGCUUCUCUCGCUUGAGCGGCUAUAUAUUUGGGGUUGCCCGUUGCUAGAAGAAGGGUGCGGUAGGGGCAAAGGACGAGAGUGGUCCAAGAUUUCCCACAUACCUUUUGUGUUUAUUCAGUAUAAAACAGUCAUCCCAAGGCGAUUAGAUUGAAACUUCAGCAGCAAAAUCCGGCACUGAUUUCUCCACUUUCAUACAAAAGGCAUUUAAAGCUAAAUUGGCGAAAAAUAGUGGAUAAAUGCAACUGAUAUGCUUUAGCAACCAUUAUUCAGCAAAUUGAAUGUUCUGUUUUCAUCCGCAUGUUCUAAUUUCUAAGUUUCCUUUGUAAAUUUGUUUGAAUGGGUCUGCGCAGAUUAUAUAUAUUCAAUUUUUUCAUCUCUUAAUUAUGCAAUGCUAUCCCCAUGCAUGAGAUACCAAUAUAA